UUCGUCGAGCUGCGUGAAAUGAAAUAACCGAACAGGAAACAUCGAUCGAGCUUCCUUCUUCCAGAUCAAGUCAGAACAGGUGAAUUCACCAUGGGCCGGCUCGAUGAUGCUGCAAAGCACAAAGUGGUAGAGCUGCGAAAGGCUGGCCUGAGUUUCCGUAAAAUCAAAGCUGUGCUGGAGCUGGAGAACAUUAAGGUUUCCGCUCAGGCCAUCUACUUGUUCCUGAGAGAGUUCCAGGGGAGGCCGCCAGGGAGGGUGAGACCUGUAGAGCCUGGAAGUAGCACAUCACCAGCACAGGUGCAAGCUCAAACUGGAGCAGUACAGCAGAGCUGGAGUAACAUUCAAAUCCGAAACCUAUUACGGGAUUCAUCUCAACGUCUUGGCUUCCCAGCUGCUGCUGACUUUGCUAAACAGACUCCCACCAGCUCAGAGGGCUCUUCCUCCGGGGAAACCAGUGGAGGCAACAGGAAAGAACAGCAACCUGAAGAACAUAAGGAUGAAAAUGAUAUCCAGAUUGUCAGUGUCACGUCACUUGCACAGCAGAGCCAACAAAGAGCUCCCCAGUCCACUCUACCAAGGUCAGAAACCUGUGCUAUGACUUCCACACCAGCAGUGAGGCGGAGAGUCACACCUUCUCCAGCCACUAGUUCAAUGCUGGCAGCUCGAAAGAGAAUUUUGGAUAAAGCAUUGUCACACAGAUUGAAGUUUUCAACAGUGGCAUCAUUGUUAAGGAGAGAUCCAUCAAGUGUCCAGGGCACUGACAUGAGGAAUGCUGUGCCACAGCCACCUGAAACCUACGAUCUGACCACUGAAAAGACUGUUACAGGGAAUCAGCCUGGAAGUAGCAGCGCUCCUAGACGUUCUCUCACCCAGAGACCAGGGCUAUCUGUUCGUUCCCUUCCUCCUCCCCCUCAUCCUCCUCCUCGAGUUGGGAUUCGUCUUUCUAACCGACCACAAGCACCUUUAACAUCUGCGUCUCCCGGGGGCGCUGUUAUCCGCAUACAGGCCCCUGGGAGUCAGGGUGCUCCUCGUACUGAAGGGAACCCGAGUCCACAGCAGGCAGCCCAGGACGCUGGAGUCAGAAGCGGUUUCCAGGAUCAGAUUCAGAGUUUGGGCUCUGAAGUGCGCAGCUUGGGCCUGGCAGUGAAGAUGCUUGUAGAGCAGCAGUGCCGUCUGGAGAGGGAGCAGUCGCAGCAGACCCAAAUUCAGAAGCAGAUCCUCAACACUCUACAGACCAUUGCAACCAAAAUGGGUCAUGGUAGCAGUGUUCAAAAGCAGAAAAACAAGACUCCUUCACCCUCUGCUUUGGCAGCAGCUUCUGCCUCUACCUCGUUUAACCAAGACACCUUCAGUUUUAGUCAAGGCACUUACACUCAGUGUAGCCAAACCCAGCCUAGCUACAGCUCUUUAGAAGGUUUAGAAAAUGUGGAGGCCUUUAAAUUGCCGGGACUCAGUCCUACAACCGUGAAUGGGUUUCCACCAUGUAGCAAUACUGAAAGCCUUCCUCUUACUCACACCCCUUCUCAAACACAACCUUAUUCAGCUGCAUAUAUUCAGCAGACCAGUCAACCACUCAUGCCUCCCUACACGCAAUCAUAUGUCUCCACAUACAGCAUACAGUCACAUCCUCAGACUUUCAGAGCAUUGGAGAGUAAAACAUCGGAAUUCCAAAGCAGCUGCUCAACAAGGACUUUCCAGGACUGCAGCGUUUCCACUCAACCAGUGCUGAACUCGGACCACUCUUCACAGGACCAGCAGAUCAAUAUUAUCAAAGUGGAAGGACCAUAGAUGGCUUUAGAUUCCACACACUGUUUGAGGACCACAAGGGCUUUGAUGUACUUUUUUUUAGAGUGACUGUAGCAUUAUGAACAUGUUUUCAAAUAUAACAAUAAACAAUGUAGCAAGUUUUUUUUUUUUUUCCCAAAGGGAGAGGGUACAAUCCGCAAUAUGAUACUACAAUCUUUUAGUAAAUAUUAUAAUUUGUAUUUGCUACAGGCAACAAAUAAUUCAGACAUUUUAAAUGACAUGUUUAUCUUAUAUCUCCAUUACUGGCAUUAUCAACUGUUAAUUUUCAUACAUCUGCGCAAACUGAUUAUAAAACACAAGGACCUUAUUAUGAUCCAAAGCAUGCUUCCAUUUCACUAUUUUAGAGAUGACAAGCCAUUCUCAUAUAAAACUGAGAAUGCUUAAAUAAAAAACAAAAAGGAAAACGUGAUUCUUAAAAGGGGCGAUUCAGGACAAAAUCACGUGUGUGUAUAUUUUUUUUCUGUGGUAUUUGUAUUUAUCCAUCUAGAUUGGUGACGAGUUUUGGGUGUUUGCCUUAUUUUGAAUAUAAAGGAAGAGGACAACACUUUCAUUGUUAUGCUAAAAGACAAGUAAUGGUAAUGCUUCUUUCUGUAAAACAUUGUUUUUGUUAUACAGAAAAAAAAAUCUGGUGCUUUUAGCCUUUUAGCUGUAUACUGUUGUGGGCAUAAAUGGGUAAUAAUUGGGCUUUUAAUUAUUUCUUUUAAGUGUGUUUUUUUUUCCAGGGUGGAAUGAU